UCUUCGCCGGAAAAAAAUAAAGAGAGAGAGACCCCGAACCUCAUCUGCAAAACUUAGGGAUGCUGAGAGUCCGGAGAAGGGGCUACUUUAGGGCUUUGUCGUUCCCCUUGCUAGUGGCGAUGGUGUGUGCACAAAGUGUCAAUGACCCCAGUAACAUGUCAUUGGUGAAGGAGACCGUUGAUAGACUGUUGAAGGGAUAUGACAUCCGUUUGAGGCCAGAUUUUGGAGGUGAUCCUGUGCUGGUUGGCAUGAACAUAGACAUUGCCAGUAUAGAUAUGGUUUCUGAAGUCAAUAUGGAUUAUACUUUGACGAUGUACUUCCAACAGGCUUGGCGGGAUAAACGGCUUUCCUAUUCAGAAAUACCCUUGAAUCUCACGUUGGACAACAGAGUGGCUGAUCAACUCUGGGUUCCUGACACAUAUUUUCUUAAUGAUAAAAAGUCUUUUGUGCAUGGUGUCACUGUAAAGAACCGAAUGAUACGUUUGCAUCCAGAUGGCACGGUUUUAUAUGGUCUCAGAAUUACCACAACAGCUGCUUGCAUGAUGGAUUUGCGAAGAUACCCACUUGAUGAACAGAACUGUACUCUUGAAAUAGAGAGCUAUGGGUACACCACAGAUGACAUUGAAUUCUACUGGCGUGGAGGUGACAGAGCAGUGACUGGAGUGGAAAAGAUUGAGUUACCACAGUUUUCUAUUGUCGAUUAUCACCUAAUUUCUAAGAAUGUUGUUUUCUCUACAGGUGCUUAUCCCAGGCUUUCCCUCAGCUUCAAGCUUAAAAGAAACAUUGGUUACUUCAUUCUGCAAACAUAUAUGCCCUCCAUCUUGAUCACCAUCCUCUCUUGGGUGUCUUUCUGGAUUAAUUACGAUGCAUCUGCUGCACGAGUUGCUUUAGGUAUUACCACGGUACUUACUAUGACUACAAUCAAUACCCAUCUCCGGGAGACUCUUCCAAAGAUCCCCUAUGUUAAAGCUAUUGAUAUGUACCUGAUGUGCUGCUUUGUGUUUGUUUUUUUGGCCCUUCUGGAGUAUGCACUGGUUAACUACAUCUUUUUUGGAAGAGGACCACAGCGGCAAAAAAAGAUUGCAGAGAAAGCAGCAAAAGCCAACAAUGAGAAGAUAAGAGCAGAAGCCAAGAUGGAUCCACAUGAAAAUAUUCUCCUGAGCACACUCGAGAUUAAGAAUGAAAUGAGUGCUGCUGAGAUCACAAUGGGUAUCGGUGAUCCCAGAAGUACCAUGAUGCCAUAUGACAGCUCUGGUAUUCAAUACAGGAAGGCAGGAUUGUCCAGGCACAAUUUUGGUAGGAGCGCCUUGGAAAGACACGUAGCCCAAAAGAAGAGCAGGCUACGGAGACGUGCUUCCCAAUUGAAAAUUAAUAUCCCAGAUUUGACUGAUGUGAAUGCCAUUGACAAGUGGUCACGGAUGAUAUUUCCCCUUGUUUUUGGAUUUUUCAAUGUAGUCUACUGGCUGUAUUAUGUGAAUUAAGCUGAAGAAUGUGCACAGACAGUAUCUUUACACAUUUUAUUUGUUUUGCAACAAGGUGGAACCAUCGUUUUGAAUAUGAGGUUGUUGAGAACAAAUUUUGCAUGCACUUUAACUCCUAAAUGGCUGGCUCUAUUGAAUUCUUCAUUGAUUAAGUUCUGUUAAUUGAAACAUUUUGCUGUGUCUGUGAUUCUAUUUAUCACAAUUAAAUUAUGAAGUAAUAUUUUUCUUUCUUAUAAUAUAUCUGCCUCAGAUCAGUCUACAUAGCUAUCACAUCAAAAUGUGUUUAUUUAAAAAUGGUUCAAUUGAUAAUGUAGCUGUAAUUUUUCAUUUAAGAGCAAAAACCACUCUUUAUUUUCAGUUAUGAUUAAGCAGUAACUUCAACAAUAUUUUAUAUUAUUUUGAGCAUGUUCAACACACAAUGCUAGUUUGUCAAAACAGCCUUCAUAUUCAAGGCUGAGAGGCAACGAUGCAUGCAGGGUGAUUAAGAGCUGCUAUUCAUGUAAACAAAAAAAUAUAACUUUUCAAACUGAAGACAUCAGGAUACAAAGUCUAAAGUAGACCUUCAAAAUAAUGUUAGAACUAGAGUUGCAAUGCCACAUUUGCCUCUUACAGAUCUUGUAAAAUUACAUCAAAUCCAAAUCCUAAAGAGAUAUCAUAUUUAUAUACACAUUACAGAGCAUUUCAAAUGAAAAUGUUGAUCAUGUCAAGGAAUAUGUACAUUGCCUUUGUGGAAAUUAUGUCAUUAAUACAUUCAAAUUAGCAUGCAAAUAUUUUAUACCAUUGACUAUUGAAAAGGUGAAAACCUAAUGCCUCAUGUGUACUAAAGAUCAAAUUUAAUAGUAAAUUCCCAAGUUGCAAAAGAUGGCUGGCCAGUAACUUUUAAAUGUUGCAGACUUUUUACAGCUGUUUGAUUACCUGUUAGCCUGCCAUAAAGAAAUCCAUGUAUUAAUAAUUAACAGCUGUUCCAGUCUUUGCUCAAUAUAGAAAGUCUUCAAAUUCUCAGAGAAAGAACUGUUUCAUUCAUCUAUUUGUUCGAUUUGUUGAAAACAUUUUUGAUCUGUAGGUACCCAUCAUGAGCAUGAAUAAAAAGCACAUUUUGACUUUUAACUCUAUAAUGGAAAAUUUACCAAUGGGAACCAAUAAUGGUCCAACACUAUUCUCUAUUGCUGCCAGAAACAAUGCACUCUUAAAAUCAUAUAAACCUUGUGUUUUAAUAAUUUUUAAUGUGCCAAAGUAUAAUAAUUUUUCUUCAUUUAUUAGAACAUGUUUUGUUUCUUUCAGCUAAUUGUAGGCAACGUUUCUAAUCCAGCAAUUCUCUUUUCCUCCUACACAGUCCCAUGAAAUAUGUUAAUCAUAGUUGAAAUAUUGGCCAUACAGAAAAUGUAUUUAUGACAAACAUCAAUGUGAAAUGAUUUUAAUUGCUUGGAGUUGAAAACAUUCUACUUAAGUUAAUAUAAUUCUAUUAUCAUGGAUCAUUUGUAAGGAGAAUUUUCUGUUCAGUUUCAUGUAUAUAUUAUAAAAAUCAGUUUCCUGUAAGCUUUUAUAAAAAAAGAUUUGAUUUUGUAUUGUGUCAAAAAGUUAAGUUUGUAAAUUGUAUCAUCUGUUAACCAGCAAACAUAAUUGUAUUGGUCCAUUGUUAUAUAGGGGUAAUAUCAGCAAUGUAAAUUAGACAGCUAAAUGGUAUUCAAGGAGACAUUAACAAGUGCAAAAGCUAUUUUUAUAGUUAAGAUUAUUUUGUACACACAGAAAGAUUUAUGUAGUGCAGUUACGUCAGAGUUAAGAUCUGGUGUAGAUAAAUAGAGAAUGAAAAUUUGUGCUGCUGUGGGGACCUGAAUAUUGUAUGAAGACAUUCACUUUAUUUCCUCAUUACCUGAAUUAGAAUCCAACUAGGUUAAAGGUAACUAUUUCUGAAUUUCAAGGACAUCUAAGUGGUGUAGCUUAGCACAUGCUGUCUUUUGGUAAUUGAGUGUGGUUUCAGUGUAGUGAAAAAGUCAACGCCUUUCAUUGAUAUAGAAGUUUUAAUGAUUUUCCACCUGCAAUGAGAUUAGUCUGGUGAGUUUCUAUCAAAUUCCUUAUCUGAGUAAAUCCAUAAAGCAAACAAUUUUUUUUAAAAGUAGGGUGCAGCGAUAAAUCUGACCACAUUAAGUUUGCAUUCACAUUAGAUUCCAUUUUCUACAUGGAGCCAGCUAUUCAGGCGUUAUGUGUUUAAAAAGAGCUUGUAAACACAGUAUUACAAUUACACCAAUUGUGAUGUGUUGCAGAGCAAUUAUUUAUAUAUAUAAAUAUAAAUAUAUAUAUAUAUAACACACACACACACACACACAUAUAUAAAAAUUUGUGGGCAGGUAGUAUAUUUUUAGUUACAAUGCAGAUUCAUCCAUUAUUUUAAUUUGGUUUCAAUACUUUAUAAAUAUUUACAUAAGCAAUGCUUUGUAUUUUUCAUGGGAAUUAUAAUUAUAAAUGGGUUGGAUAUGGGUAACUCAUUUAAAAACUCAUCAAGCAUAUAAAGAGAAUUGUAAAGAAAAAAAUAAGAUGAAACAUUUUGGUACUUUGAGAGAGCCAGGGGAUUUAGUGUGCAUGGCAAUAUUUUCUUGAACUGUUCUCUUUGGAGUUGUGCAUACAAUUCAGAUCUGAUUUUUGCCCCAGAUGCUUGGUAAGAAAAUAAAGGUAACUUCAGCAGCUAAAGUUGUUCACCCAAAAUUGACCAGCAAAAAUGCUUCAAGCAAGCACUAAUGUGAAAAAUUGCAUUACAUAUUUAUAUGGUACACGUACAUUAUGUGCAACACAACUUCAGUCAUUGCAAAUGCCAAUUUGUAAAGAACUGAAAACACCAAUUUCAUACAAAUGCUUCAUAAACGAAUCAAUCUUAUAGGGUACAAUAAUACUGUAAUGCUCCAUUUUUAGUUUUCCUUUUAACCAAAGCUAAAAGAAUUUUGGGACUGAAGUACAGUUUGAUAAUUCAACAUCAACAGUUGCUAGUGCUAUUUUGCAUUUCUAGAAUGUCACUUUGAUUGUAGAGGUAGAUGUCCUUGAUCUGUGAUAUUUACCAACAGGAUAUUAACAAAUUGGUGGGUUUUGUUCCUGGUGUCAGAAACUGCCAAAUGCAGUUACAUCACCAAUUUGUACAUAGUUAAUUUGCAAUAUCAUUGGAAGGGUUGAACGUACUAAGAAAUCGACUAAGAUAUCAGUGAGGCACAAAAAUGUUGGAAAUACGGAGCAAGUCAGUCAGCGCUUAUGGAAAGAGAAACAGAGUUAAUAUCUCAGGUCAAAGACCCUUCAUUUAAUGAGACUUCAACCUGAACUAUUAACUCUGUUUCUCUUUCCAUAAAAGCUGCCUGACUUUGCAGAGUAUUUAUUGCAUUUUGUUUUUUAUUUCUGAUUUCCAUCAUCUGUAGUUUUGAUUUUCAUUUCAGUGAGACAAAUCUAUUGAACUAAUAUAGCUUCAAGUUAAAGGUAGAAAAUUUCCUUUAUAUAUUAUCUUGAGAGACAUUUGGUUAUUUUUCUGUACUGUGUACUAAUAUUUGCAGAAACUGAGGCAUUUCAGCAGUUUCCACCAGGCAUCAUAUAAAUUAUCAACAACAAUAAUCUGAACAGCACAUCAUCAAAAUAUUUAUGAAAGGUUGCAGUAUCAUAAUUGCUAAAGUUCUGACUACCUACUGGUCUAGUCUUUGGAUGAUUAUGGAACACUUUUACAGAGAAUGUUGUAUUGGGUGUUCAUCAGUUAGGAAAGAGGAAAUGGGUGUCAUGGGCCUGGACCUUAUUUAAGGUAUCUAAAUUCACUAUAAAGUAUGGAAUUGAAAUUUUCACUAGAUGCCUGUAAAAUGAUGCAUUUUACAGGCAUCUAGUGAAAAUUCCAAUCCAUCAUCACCCUUAAACAAGUCAAUGAUCAUCAUGACCUUGGAUAUGUUUUCAUAGCAGAAACUAUAUUGGAUGAAUAGAUGUAGCAUUAAGAAAAUGGUAAGUUGAAGCAAAAGUUUCAUAUAAUAAACAGAUAAGUAUAGAAAUUAAAAAUGAAUUGGAUAUUUGCCACAUAACUUUUUUACUAAUGCAGCAAAUGUUUAUUUUCCUUUAACAUUAAUUGUCAAAUGUGAGGUUGAGAAUUGGUUUGAUCACUUUAUGUAGUGCAUUGUGUACUAACUUUUUUUAAUACCAAUAGAAUAUGGCUAAAUAUGAUGAUUGUUUCCCCAGACAUCUGUGAUUUCAGAAAAUCAAAACCAUUUUUAUUUCUUUUGUAUCCCCUAAUAUUAUGAACAACACAUUCUGAAUCAAAUUUCUUCCUAAUCAAACAACUUCAAAGAUAACUUCACAUUUGGCCCAUUCAGUUGUUGUACAUCACCUAAUGUCUAGUGGCAGGUCUAUUAAUUCACUACAUUCUGUGGUGCACAGUGCUAAAAAGACAGCUCAUCCUGAUUAUACACCAGUGUAAUAAAAGAUCAAAUAAUUAAUAUCAUAUUCUAUUCAAGUAGUUAAUUUGAAAAAUGGCUAUCUCUAGAAAAGAUCACUGCUGAUUUUGAACCUUUUAUUCAUUUUUCUGGAUCAUCAACAACAAAUCUAGAACUUAUUGCCCAUGCAAAAUUGCCCUUGGGAAAGGUUGCCCUGGUGACAAAGCACUGCCUUGAACUGUUGUAGACCUGGAAACAAAGUUCAGGAUUUACGCUCAGUGAUGCUGAAGGAACAAUGAUAUACUUCCAAGUCAGAAUGGUGUGCAACAGAGGGAGCAGUAAGUGGUGGUGUUCACAUGCAUCUGAAGACCUUACCCUCCAUGUGGUAGAAGACAGGGCUUUGGAAGUACUGUUGGAGUGAGGUGAGUAACUGCAGUUUGUAGAUGGUACACAUUGUAGCCGCUGUGCCCUAGUGGGGGAGGGAAUGAACAGUUAGAAGACUGGAUGGGGGACCAAUUAAGUAGGCUGCUUCAAGAUGGUGUUGAAUUUCUUGGAUGUUAUAGGAACUGCUCUUAUGCAGGCAAGUGAAGCAUGUGCCUUGUAGGUGAUGGGAAGUCUUUGGAGAGCAGAUGACGAUGAGCAACUUCUGACCUGCUUUUUCAACUACAGUAUUUAUAUGGCCUGUUCAGUUGAGUUUUUGGUCAGUGGUGAUUCCCAGGAUGUUACUAGUGUGGUGUCAUUAAUACUUCUGACAUUAAAUAGCAUGGUUUGACUUCUUGUUGGAGAUGAACAUAGUCAUGCACAAAAGUGCCAGACAACUACUUGCCAGCUAUUACUUCACUGCCAAAAUGCAGUUGAGGUUUAUCUGAAUACACUUGAGGACCACUGUUUUUGAGGAGUUGCAAAUGGAAUGUAACAUUGCACCAUUAAUUUUAUGAUAGAAGUAAGGUUUUUUGUUAAGAAGUUGACAAAUGUUGGCUUUAGGGCACUGCCCUGAGUAGUUCUUGCAGUAAUGUCCUGGGGCUGAGAUGAUUGACCAAACACAGCUACUUUGUGCAAAAUAAGGCUACAGCCAUUGAAGUGUUUAUGUCUUGAUACUCAAUAAUUUUUAUCUUAUCAAGGCUCCUUGAUCCCACACUUGAUUAAAUGCCGUCUUGACAUCACAGACAGUUUCUCCCACAUCACCUAUGGAAUACUACUCUUUGGUCCAUAUUUGGACCAAGGCUGCUUUGAGGUCUGGAGCCAAAUGUUCCUGGUGAUACCCAAACAGCAUUGCUGAGUAAGUACUCUUUGAUAGCACUGUCAAUGACAUCUUCCCUUGUUUUACUGCAGAUUGAGAGUAAACUGAUAAAGUGGUAAUUAGCUGCAUUGAACUUGUCCAGCUCUUUGUGAACAUUUCUGGGUAAUUUUCCAUAGUGUUGAUUAGAUGGCAGUGUUGUAACAUUACUGGAACAGGUUAGCCAGAGGAGCAGUUCAUUCUGGACCACAGGUCUUCAGUACUACAGCUGGGAUGCUGUCUGAUCGUGUGGACUUUGCUGAAUCCAGUAUUCUCAGCCACUUCAAAUGAAUCAAAUUGGCUGAAAACUGACUUCCACGAUGAUGAGAUCUCAGGAGGAAUUGAGUUAACUCAUCCACUUGGCAAUUCUGGCUGAAUGUAGUUGCAAAUAUUUCAGCCAUAUCUUUGGCACUCUCAUGGUGGUGUCUGCCAUGGUGAUAAUAGGAAUGUUCCAUCAGCUAUCUCCUCCUAUUACUUGUUUAAUUAUCUGUCACUUCUCAUGACUAGAUAUGACAAGAUUGCAAAGCAGUUAAAUCUGUCUUUUGUAUGUGUUUUCUAUUUAGCACAUGAGUAAUCCUGUGUUCAUGUUUACCAGAUUAGCAUCGCAUUUUUGAGUAAACCUGGUGCUGCAUACUUCUGCAAUUAUUAAAUCAGGACUGAUCUGAUUUGUUAGCAGUAGUGAAGUGGAAGCUUUGCCUGGGAGAGAGUCUAAGAUUGUGAUUGUGUGCAUUUCUGUUGCUCUUUGAUGGUUCAUCCACAGCAGCGCAUGUUACAAACAUGUUACAAGUUGCUUGUAUACUUGCAUUUAUCUGCUAGGUUGAUCAUGUUCUUUUCUGUAAUAAUUUUGAUUUUUGUAUCAUGUUCUUCAGUGCACAGAAACAAAUAUACAACAUCUGAUAAACUAUAGUUUUUACAAAGUACAUUUAACCAGUUUAAGCUGUUGAAAAUACACAGAUCACAGUAAACAAAACUUCCAACAUUUUGCUUUCUCUAACAACAUAACUGAUUUAAUUUCUAAAACCUUUACUAUACAUCUCUUAAAAGUUCUUAAUUUUUUUUGAAAGUUCUUAAUCCUUUUAUUUUCCAAUAAUCUUUGGAUUCAUUUUAAAUCUACAAAUCAUUCAAAAACAUCUCAAAACCAGCCAAAUUAUAUGAAAAAAGUUACAAAUUAGAAAUCAGGAAUUAAUUCAAAAAAGGAUGUCAUUAUAAGCGAGGUUCUUUAACAGUAAAUUACUUGACACCCCCCACCUCCAGAGUGUUCAAAUAUGUUCAUUGUAAGUAACCUUUUUGAAAAAUAAUCAGCAGUCCAAGGGCACUUUUUUUGGAGCACUGUAGUUGCCAAUAGCAAAGAACGUCCAUCCAUGGAGAUUACAUUUUGUAGUUGGCAUUAAAUCCCACUAAAUCGUGAAAUUUUACCUUGUUCUCUGCUGAAAGCAAAACUUUAUAAGAACUUGCUUUAGGUGACUUCAAAUUGGUUUGCAAAAUAAAUCAACUAUACUUACUUGGUGGUAUCCAAGUGACAUAAUCUAUGUGUAUUCCUCCAAACAUAUGACAGCAUACUUUAUAUAAUUAAUAUAAUUUAAAAUUGCUGACAUCUAUGGAAGAAAUGCCAUUUCUUGGCAUUAGUUUACAGCAAAAGGUGACUCACAAAUAUUCUUAAAUACUCAAGGUUAUGAUUGCAACAUUUUUAUGGCUUUGGACUUCAAAUUUCCCUUUAAAUACAGCCUUCACGUGGAAAGCGUUCCUCAUGUUUUAAGCCAUUUCACCAGAUGUAUAUAGUAUUCAUUUUGUCACUGAUCAUCAUUCGAGGAUGAACUCUUGUAAAUAUAAGUAGAUUUCUUAAAACAUUUUUAACUUCUAAUUUGUAUUUUAAUGUAAUGUGAAUGCUAAAGCAGCUUCAUGGUAAAGCUAAAGUGUUUAAACAAGUAUGUAAAUAUUAAUGGAGUAUACGAUUCACACUUGAUGGAGGAACUAACUGGUUUGUGUUUUGUUUUAUUCAGUUAGAAUAAUUAGCAGGACAGCUAUUUCUAAGCUUUUUGUUUUUUGGGAUGAGAUGGGGGAGAUUAUUUUAUUUCUUGCAGUAGUUUUCAUCAGCCUUAUUAUAAGUUGAAAAAUAGCCUUUUUUGUCUUUGCAAUAUGCACAUUUUCCAAUGCUAGAAAAUGCAAAGGAUGAGUGGACACCAUCUUCUCAAUACUUCAUGUCCACUAUUUUGAAGAUUAUUAAUGUUUGAAUAGGAGAAAUUAAUUGAGGGAUGUUGAUAUAUUAAUUAUAAAUGAGUCGGGCCAUAAGGAAUAUUUUCGUGACUAAAAUUUUCUGCAGCAAAUUUCUGCAUGUAAAUAUAAAUUACUGUUGGCUAGUGUGUAAUUCUUGAAACCAGAAUUAAUGCAAUAUAAAUAAAGAAUUUUAA